GAACUUCCUCGAAAUAUGGAAGUGAGUGUAGUGGAUCUAAUACAGAUUAGAAACGUUUUAGAAGAUGACUCUUGAAUAUAAAAAUAUUCGACUAAUCGAUCUUUUUUAUGGUUGCAACAGAUAGUUCUAUGAGUAAACAAAGAUAACUAUCCUGGAUACUUAGACAAGGAGAUCUUCUUUUCUUGUCUAAGCCUAGAUAUAACUUAUCUCUAUCUAAUAUAUGUAAACGUGACGUGCAUAGGAAAAUAGGUUAAAAAAACUUGUAAACGUCAAAUUUAAUAUUUUUGUUCGUUAAUACCAAAAUAAAAACUAUGGAAGAUACUUCUAAUAUAGUUGAUGAAAUAAAAUCAGAUUCAACAGAAACGUUAAAUGUUUCUUUGGAAGUCAAAUCAUCGGACGUAUCGGAAUCUUCCCAAAAACCUAAAGCGUUAAAAGCUAAAAAACGUAAGAAGCCUAAGGAUAGCACAGCGCCUAGAGUUCCGCUUACAGGUUAUGUAAGAUACCUAAAUGAUCGAAGAGAAGCUGUUAGAAGCGCAAAUCCAAACUUAUCAUUUGCAGAUAUAACAAAAAUGUUGGCAAGCGAAUGGAGUAACCUACCUGUAGAUAAAAAACAACAAUACUUGAAUGCAGCAGAGCAAGAUAGAGAACGUUAUACUAAAGAAUACAAUGCCUACAAACAAACAGAAGCAUACAAGUUAUUCACGCAGCAACAGAGUGAAAAGAAAUUGAAAGAAAAUAAAGAAAAGGAAGAACCUGUUAAGGUACCUAAUCCAACUUUCCAUAACCAAUCGACCAUUCACAAAGAUCUGCAAGAUAUGGAUUUUAGUAAUUUCGAUAUUCCAAUUUUCACUGAGGAAUUUCUAGAACAUAACAAAACUAGGGACGCCGAAUUGAGGCAACUGAGAAAAGUAAAUACUGAUUACGAACAACAAAAUGCUAUUUUAUCAAAACACAUAGAAAAUAUGAAAGUGGCUAUAACGAAAUUGGAAACUGAAAUCAUGCAACAGGAAAAAAAUAAUUCGUCCCUUCAACAGCAUCUGAAUCAUUUAAGGACUACACUGACAAAUGGGUUUGGAGGAGUAAAAUUACCAGGUAUUAAAGAAGUAGCCACUCUCCAAAACAUCGAUAACUACAUGACCAAUCUACAUUCUAUAUUAUUAGAAAAUAGUAGUCAUGAUACCAACCUCUUACAAACAGUAAGGGACAUCGUAGGGAAGCUGGAAUUCAAUGGAUGACAGCCAUGUAGGGCUUCAAAGAGAAAAAGAAUUAUCAAGAAAUUUUCGUAAUUGUAUUUCUUCUAAUCAAAAUAGCAUUUACUUAGUUUUUCCAAGUAGUCAGUGCUAGAUUUAAAUAUAUUUAUUUAAUUGAUUAACUUUUUGGAAUAUAUGUGUGACCCUGUGUAAAUAAAUUACGUCCUUAUUUUUUUUCAACUGUAAUUUUAAAGAAUUUGUAUUGAAUGGUGAUUCUAAUGUAAUAAAAAAACAUUUACAUGUAGCUGUCGAAUUGUGAAUAAAGAAUUUCCACAGAGUUUAUUUAAUGGGUAUAUUGUAGAAAGAAGAAGAAAUAGAUACCAUUUUUUUCACUUAUUCUGAGGCGUUUACCACCACUUUUUGGCCUUUUUGGAAAGUGUAACACCAUUCAAUCACUUGAGUCUUUGAGAGGCACUCAUCCCCAAAAUCCACGAGCGAGAUUUAAAUUUGAACAAUUUAUUUUAUAUAUAACAGCCAUAAUCUAUUGUAAAUGUAAAUAAAAACAAUAUAAAGAAAUUGCCGCCGUAACUGAAAAAUGUAAAUGGUCCUUCUGUACAAGUAUCAACAUAAUAGAACAGGCUUCACGAUCUACGUUAGUUGACGAAUUCGUAAUAUUUUGUUACUCAUAUAAAUAUAAAUUGGAAUUUUAAGAAUUUUUCACUUCUAAUAUGGUUUUUCUAAGGUGUAUAAUUGAAAAUGUGAAAUUUUCCAGUUGUGGAACGAGCUAAAAUACUCAGAUGUUUGUUAGAAUAAAUUUAUCUCCUUUUUCACAUAAAUAAAACUUUGCUUCUAAAAAAAUGAAUUUUCCCAUAUUUUUGCCCUCAGUCCUUGUCAAAAGCUUUUUCCAUGUCAAUAAAUAUAAAUAAUACGUGUAUCUCGGCGGAUUUAUAGUUGUGAUGGUAAAUACUUGAACUUGUACAGUU